CCUCUUCUGCACCUCAACACCACGUCGACUUGACUGGCUGCGUGUCUGCACCGACUCACUUUCAUUCGUUCCUUACCCUGCAGGCUCACUAAUACUUGGCUUUGCCUACACUCUUUUACACACUCACUUAGAUCGGUCUUCACCUUCUUCCUUCGCUCUUUCUUGUUACGCGCGCGUCACUUCAGCUCAGCACACUUUCAACUUCGAAUUCGCGCCUUCUCCGUUCAGAUCGCGAUUGCCUCCAGGUUCACCUCUAGUAUUAAUCCGAUGGCCAUUACUACUCCAUACUAACCCACGCCUACUCCACACCUUUGCCAUGCGCUCCUACCGCUUCCUCCUCGUGUGCAUCGCGUUGAUCUUCUGCCUACACUCCGUCACAGCUGUACCUCAAUCUGCAGUCCGCCGUCAGGAUGACAGCCCUUCAGACCGUUCACAGGCGCCUACCGUCACUUCAUCUUCGCGCCCAUCGGCUACUGUAACGUCGUCCGAUGAUGAUGCUUUCACUUCAACAACCGAAUCCAGACGUGCCUCUUCCACUCCAGCUACCUCAACAAGCUCGGCAGAGACAAGCAUGUUCAUGCAAGUACCGGUCACUGCGUCGACUGCACCCCAGUCAACGAGCUCAGCAGAAGUGAAUCCUGAGAACCCUUUGCCCUUCCAACCCAGUUUGACGCCGGCGAUGGGUAUCAGCGGUGUAAUUCUGUUGCUAUCAGGCUUGGCUUUCGCUGUCAUCGGUAUCAAGAACAAGUGGGUCUACGUCUUUGGCUCUGCUGCAUACUUGACCGCAUUAGCUGUCACUGUUCUCAUUGUCUACCUCAUGAACCCUCCGGUCUCCAAUGGUGUUCAAGGUGCCUUCUUCGUCGCCGCUUUCUUUACUGGUGUCAUCUUUGGUGCCGUGUCGUUGGUAUUCCCAGACAUCACUGAAGGCUUCGGAUGCCUCCUUGGUGGCUUCUGUCUGAGCAUGUGGUUCCUCUGUCUUAAGUCAGGUGGUCUCAUCACUUCAGUAACCGGCCGCGCGAUCUUCAUCGGGUGCAUGAGCGCCGGCGGAUACUGCCUUUCUUUCAGCCAUCACACCCGCAACUACGGUUUGAUCGCAUCAAUUGCGUUUUCAGGUGCGACUGCCACUAUACUGGGUAUCGAUUGCCUCAGCCGUGCAGGCAUGAAGGAGUUCUGGCUAUAUCUAUGGGCGCUCAACGAUGAUGUAUUCCCGCUGAAUACCAAUACUUACCCUGUCACCAAGAACAUAAAGGCAGAACUCGCCGGUAUCGUAAUUAUAGCAGUACUCGGAGUCGUCUCACAAUUACGCGUCUGGAAGUUAGUCAAGGAGCAUCGCGAGAAGAGUGCAGCUCAGCAGCUCGAGAAACAGCAAGAUCAAGAACGGGAAGAGGAGGCGCUCGGUCGUCAAAUCGAAGACAGCUUCCAACGAGAGCGCGCACAGUGGGAGGCAGCAUAUGGCGACAAGAGUGUCCAGGAGUCCAGUGUCGCAUCUUCUAUCCUGAGUCCAGAACACUCGACCAGCAUCCGCGAGAAGGAAGUCCUCGCCACAGACAGCCUGGAGCUUGUGAACAUGCAGAAGAGCGGCGUCAUGCUCUCACCCAACCCCGAUACCCCAGCCGGCACCACGGUUACCGUAAGCGUUCUUAAAGACGAUAUCCAGCAGAUCAACGCGCAAGGCAACCCGAUCACAUACUGGAAGGUUGAAUCAGUAACAGGAUCUGAUGGCGAUCACAAGGACUUGCCUGCCACACCCGAAGUCGCGCUUGCCGACAAUGUUACAAAAGGCAGUAGCCUUCGCCCGUCUUCAGUACCACCACCUCCAGUAAUCGUCCCACUUCCCUUCAAGGUACCAGAAGAGGAGGAUGCAAAGAGUGAAGAAGGAGAUAAUGCCUCUGUGUCGGCUGUCGCUGAGACUGAAAGCGUAUCUUUGAGCGGUCACAGACCCAUGUCGAAGCGCGUAUCGGACAUGUCAAACCUGCGUCAGGUGUCUGGUCAGAGAAGCUCACAUAACGUCUCAGAACCCCAGGAGGACUCGAUCAAUGUACCACACAUCGAGGACGACCGCGCAUCGUCAAUCGCCGCUACCCUGGACGACGAACACGACGAUGUCUCUUUGCGCCAACUUUCCCCACCCCACUCGCCAAUCGGCACAGAACAUGAUAAUACUCGCGUAGGAUCUCCAGUCGCCUCCACGAAAGGAGCAGAAGUCAUCUCCCAGGACGAAGUACAGGGUUCGAGCGAUGCCGAAGCCAAGGAGUCAGAUUCAACUGCCGAAGAAGCAGUUGCAGAUGCGCCAGCACGACUGACCAUGCGUCAAUCCCUUACCAGCAGUACUGAUCCCAAGCCAAGCGAUGCAAGUGCGAAGCGCUCACCUCGUCGCAAUUCACGCUUCAGAGCUGAUACCCUAGUAUCCAGCGCGAAGGGGAACAGUGAGGGUGAGCAGUCGAAAUCGAGCAGCGAGAAGGCACUGUCACAAAGUUCACAGACCGAACACGAGGCAUCACAUGUCGGUAGCCUAAAGGAGAGCACUCUUCCCGGUCGAUUCUCUAAGGUCGCCUUGUCCUAUCGCACUAACGAGUGGGCCAAGCACCUCGAGACCGCAGAUUUGCCAGCGCUCGAUGACUUGCCUGUACCAUCAUCGCCUGGUGCAGCUCUUCACCAUGGCUCGGAAGAAGCACCAGUACCCGUCAGCGACGAGAUCGCGGCUCCUUUGAUCGGGAGUCAACGCAACUCGAAAAGGAUGUCAACCGAAAGCAGGAACAAACCUAGCCUCAACCGCUCGACUUCGACCUCGCAGCAAUCGCUGACCAAACAGCAGCCGAUGUCACGGUCUCCUUCCGUCCUGUCACCGCCUGCGUUAUCACGGUCGAACUCCGGAACUCAACUCGAUGCUUUGUCACCACUACCCACUAACACGCUGAUGGGCCAGCGCGAGAGCUUGAUUCGCAACCGCGUCUCGUCACAAUCCUUCUCGCCACUACCAUCGCCUAGACAGACAUUGCUCGAACAAAGCGAGCAAGACGAUAUGACCCUCGCCCAAAGGCGACAGCUUCUUAAGCAGAGCCCGACCUCGCCUCUGCUGCAACAUCAACCUCCUAUAACCUCUCCACGAAGGCCUCCUCCUUCUACCGCGCAGAAGUGGCAGAAGAAGGGUUGGGCUGGCCAGGGUAUAGCUCCAGGCUUCGACUCCCAUCAACCCCAGCGCACGCCUAGCUCACAGUCGAACCGCAAGAGGGAAGAUCUAUAUGCUGACUGGAGGGAGAACAUCCGGGAUGUCACUCCACCACAGACAGCAGCGUACGUCGCGGAGCAGCAGCGUGCGGCUCUUCUCAACGAUCGACGACAGAAAGAAAUAGAGCGACAGCAACGUGAAGCAGUCCAGCAGCAACGAGCGUCGAUGAUGGACAACAUGAUGCGAAGCGGGCAGAUGCUUGACGCGCACCGCGAGGCCAUGCGCAAGAUGCAAGCCAAUGCCAACAAAAGAGCAGCGUAGAUUUAUUGAUUCCCCACAUAGUUAUUUUCUCGUACAUAGGUUAUGAUCGGAUCGCCACGGAAGCAAACAUAUAGGUAUGACGGACGUAUAAACGGGCAAGGUAUGUUGUGGAUAUGAUCUGGGAGCUACGUGGGAUGAGGACAGUACGAGGUAGCACCAUGGACGCUCAUUUUCAAUAUGUACAUAGCCCUACUGCCGACCAGAAGGUAGAUCGAUACCCUAGCUAUACAUGCAAU